GACGACGAUGCCGGUUCUGGUUCUGGUUGAUUUCUGCGCAAACAACUCAUAAGUGGUGAUCUCGCGCAGGGUUAAAGGGCAGGAGGUGGAAGGUGAUCGCCGCUGUUCCUGUGUCUGGGCUUUUCCGCGGCCAUGGAGAUCACCAGACAGAAUUUUAAAGAGCAUCUAAGUCUAAUCUAUGAAGCAAUUGAAGAAGCAGAUUUUCUGGCAAUUGAUGGAGAAUUUUCAGGAAUAAGUGAUGGACCUUCAGUGAGCACUCUAACAAAUGGCUUGGACACACCAGAAGAAAGAUAUCAAAAGCUGAAAAAGCAUUCCAUGGACUUCCUGCUGUUUCAGUUUGGACUUUGCACAUUUACAUAUGACUCUGCAGAGAAUAGGCACAUAAUGAAAACAUUUAACUUCUACGUGUUUCCAAAGCCGCUGUCUAGAAAUUCACCUGAUGUCAAGUUUGUUUGCCAGAGUUCGAGUAUUGAUUUUCUAGCAAAUCAAGGAUUUGACUUCAAUAAAGUCUUCCGAGAUGGGAUCCCAUACCUAAACCGUGACGAGGAAAGACAGCUUCGGGAUCAGUUAGAAGAAAAGCACCAACAGUCUAACGGCACAGGAACGCCAUCUUUCAUCUCGCCAAACUCUGCCAAAGGGCCAGUUGUCAUACCUGAAGAACAUCGAAGUUUUAUCGAGAAAAUUGUGGAAAAAGUUGAAGACUUGCUGAAAAAUGACAAAGGUAGUAUAGAGUUGGAUCCAUGUACUGGGUUCCAGAGAAAGCUCAUUUAUCAGACUUUGAACUGGAAGUUUCCUAAAGGAACUCAUGUUGAAACCUUGGAGAAUGAAAAGAAAGAGAGAUACAUUGUGGUCAGUAAGCUGGAUGAUGAUGAACGAAGAAAGAGAGAAGAACAAAAGCGAGCAAAAGAACAGGAAGAAAUGAAUGAUGCUGUCGGAUUUUCCAAAGUAAUAUAUGCCAUUUCUAAAUCGGGUAAACUGGUUGUGGGGCACAACAUGUUACUGGAUGUCAUGCAUACAAUUCACCAGUUCUUCUGCCCGCUACCGGAUGAAUUGAAUGAAUUUAAAGAAGUAACAACAAGUGUAUUUCCCAGGCUUCUCGAUACAAAACUUAUGGCAAGCACACAUCCUUUUAAGGAACUGAUAAUGAAUACACCUCUUGCAGAGUUGGAAAAGCGGUUAAAAGAUGCACCCUUCAGACCUCCCCAAGUUGAAAGUGCAGAAGGAUUUCCAAGCUAUAACACUGCCACCGAACAACUCCAUGAAGCAGGUUACGAUGCAUAUAUAACUGGCCUGUGUUUCAUCUCCAUGUCUAAUCAUUUAGGUUCAUUUCUCAGCCCUCCUAAAGUUUUUGUUCCUGCAAAAUCUAAAUUGGUUGAACCUUUUAUUAACAAACUGUUUCUAAUGAGAGUGAUCGACAUUCCCUACCUAAACCUCAGUGGACCAGAUUUGCAACCUAAGAGGGACCAUGUUCUACAUGUUCGUUUUCCCAAGGAGUGGAAGACCAGUGAUCUCUACCAACUUUUCAGUGCCUUUGGUAACAUCCAGGUGUCUUGGAUAGAUGAUACUUCAGCAUUUGUAGCUCUGAGCCAACGGGAGCAGGUACAGAUCGCUGUAAACACCAGCAGGUAUGCAGAGAGCUACCGGAUCCAGACAUAUGCAGAGUAUGUUGAGAAGAAGCAAGAGGACAAGCACACCAAGCGGAAGUGGACAGAGGAGAGCUGGCGGGAAGUGGAAAGGAAGAGACUAAAAACCCAGUAUGCUCCUCAGCCAUAUCUUAGCCAGAUGUUUGAUUUCAACAGUCAUUCGCAACUGAAACAAAAAGUGCUGGAAACGUUCCAAGUGAAAGACGCUUCAUUAGAACUGGGAGCAAAUCCAAUGGCGAGCAAACGAAGUAUGAGCCCCAUUGAGGAAGAGACGGUGUCUGAGGAGAUGGAGGCGAAUGCAAUCGCAAAUAAAGAUGCCGAGAUUGAUAAUUCAGGUAGUGCCUGGAUAGAUUCUUCAAUAACUGAAGCCAGAAAAGUCAAGAAACCAUGGCAGAAAAAGGAAGAACAGCAAGGAAAGACUGGUAAGGGAUCUCCUGACAUGGCCAAUUUGACGAGAGCCAUGGCAGUCUUUUUAAGACUGUCACUUGCGGCAGUGUCUCUCCUUUUGACAAGUGUGGCUGUUGGCGUAUACUUCAGUUAAGGCAGCAGUAUAAAUGUCCACACAUUAUUUGAAGUCCCAGACACAUGGUGACACAUGAAGCACAUGGAUUUACAAAGUGGUAUCUUCCCGAGAAUGCAAUGAUGUCAAAUUUGCAAGCCAUAUUGAACCAUGAGCUUCAAUCUUCAUGUGGUACAAGACAACUUUAAAAAAGUGUUUGUAAAAAAAAUGUUUUAAUUGUAUGAAUAUUACCCAACGUUAAAUAUUUUAGUUUUUUUUGCUUUUUGUUUGUUUGAUAAACAGAUGGGGUUUGAUUGCAUCUUGACCAUUCUCUCGUAGUCUCAUUAGCUUAAUGACCUGCAUUUCAAGCCAGUCCUGUACUUCUGAUGACUUAGAAUAGCAACCAACAUUGGAAGUUGCCUUGUGCCAACCACUUGGGAUGUUCGUUUCAAAAAUAAUGUAAUCAUUGUCCAGUGGUGUAACUUUUUUUUUUAAUAUACCUGUCCAUUGGUUGUAUUGUCAGUAAAUCCGAUGACUUAUCAAUAACGUGUCCUGACUACCAUAAAUCGGGUUUUGUUUUGUUUUUUUACAUAAAAGGAUACUCGGAACAUUCUCAUCAUCCUUGCAUUGAAGAUGGUGACCAUGUUAAGUCGAUCCUUUUAUCCAUGUUAACUGGUGUGGACUGCACGGAACCUUCAACCUUGUAUGUCAGAAUCUGCACACCAGACCCAUUUACGUAUAUGUGUGUAUGUGCAAGAUAAUUGUUUUCUUUCAAGGCCAGCUGUGAGUUUUGUAUCAUAUUUAAAGUUUUUUGUAUCAUGAAGAAAAUUAAAAUUUCAUGAAGGAAGAUUAAAUAAAUUUUCUUACUACAAAA